AUGAACUAUCAGCCUCGUGCAGUGAUUUUGCCCGCUAUCCAGCCCCAGACCACGACGCCCCCCGUCUCAUUCGACAAUUCGCAAAUCCGCAUCUACGGGAGUGAAAGCGAAUACCUGGAGGAUGCCAGGUCGAGCGAUAUUGUGAUUGCAUAUUUUCCCCGGGCUGGGCGAGAUUCGAUGCUCUUGAGCCUUUUGCACUCAGAGGCGCAACAGGGCAAUCAAGCAUUCUCGGACUACAAGGCAGAACGGGCAAGCUCAGAGCAGAGUGAUGGUCAUGAUGGUACAAGAGUCGUCAUCGUCAAUAUGGAGAUUCCGGAUCCGUUCAAGAUCGAUCUGGGCGAGGCAAUAGCAGAAUUAUAUGACAAUCUCUUAAAUAUGGGUUUUCCGAAAGAGGGGCUCAGGGUUAUUAGCGAGACCCCUCAUCGACGUUGGAUGGCUGAGUCACGGCCGUCUGUCCCCAGCCGAGUUAACAAAGGCGUGGUUCUUGCCGCAGGAUGGGGCGAAAUUUAUGGCAAGACAUUGGAUAACAUCGUACUAGAGGUGCAUGUGGAAGCGAGGAAGAAGUCAUUCAUGGACGAUGGACUGGGAAACUUGGUGAACAUUGGGUGGCACGUUAUGUCCCUCUACCCAGAAACUCAGGAGAAGGCGUGGCAGGUUAUCGAAUUCAUCUUGAGCGACAGGAACUACAUUUAUGACCCCAUCUUCCGAUUUCCGCGCGGUUAUGUAUGGAAAGAGGGCGACCGUAUAGCAUCUCCGUCGACAAUUGGAGCGCUCACAGCAUUUCGGCGCAUCCUGCCACCCGGGGUAAACGUAACGGUGAACCCGGACGCUAAAGGCGUCACGUUCGAGUUCGACUAG